GGCUUACAAGAAUUUGCAGGACUGGAUUGGCGAGCCAUGGAGGUUCCCAUAUUUGCAUGUAAAUACAGAAAAAACCAUGGACUUGAUCAUGCAAUACAUAAAGUAGUUGAUGGAAAAUUUGCUGAUCUAUUGACCCGGUCUUGGGAGAUGGGAGAAGAAAUCCUUAUCAGAGAGCAAACAGGGCCUCCUACUAAACCUGACCUUACAAAGCUCUCUAUGGAUUCUUUCAAAUUAUAUCGAGAAUUGAGAGAUUGUUUGAAUGUUCGCAUAUUAUAUGCAAUGGAAAUCGGGGACGUUAACUAUAGUAAUCGUGCUGUAUUUGGUAUACUUGGAUAUUUGUUCGAAAUCAAGAUGUUAAUUAUGUGGAAGGAUGGUGUAUACGUAUAUGAGGAGUUUGGGAGUUUCACUGUUGCUUCUCAUUCGAGCAAGAUUCAUAUGAUGAAGGCGG